CUGUCAACGAUGUUGAUUAGCUGCGUAUAUACGAAUGUGAAUCUCAUCAUUGGCUGGAGCCGCCAGUCACCGGUCACUCACUGACUCACACUGCAAAACAACAGAAUGAAUUGUUGAAAUGUUUGAAAUUGAAAUGUAUUUUAAUUUGAAUUCAGGUUGGAAUUCUUUGUGCGUAGCGCAGAUCUUCUGUGCUCGGAGACCGUGUCAGCAGUGCGCGAUUGCGCACGAACGCAGCUUAGAGGGAACAGUGCUCAUAACGCUUUCCAUGGUCGGGAAACCCGUUCACGCAUCGAAUUGUGGGAGGUUAUUUAGUGGCUUUUAGAGGCGCAGACCCUGUCGUGGCUCUUGAUUGGGACGUUGCUGGGUGACGUAAUUGUUCUUGCCACACUGAGCGCGGUGGCUGCUGGGAAGAAAGGUCAAGAAUCGAUGGCCGCGCCGGACGCGGUGGAUUUGCGGCUGUGUUCAGGGAACUGUUGGCUUUAUGGGGCCGAUGGAAGCUCAUGAAAGGACCACACGGCGGUUUUAACGGAGAGCCGCGCUGGGUGUCGCUUAUAUUCCAGGGAAACGCUGAGCUCGCCGUGCUUUGAUUUCCUGACUCUCUGACUGCCUAACAGACUCAUUGUUGUUGUUUUGGCUUCAUCCGUCGGACACACACACGCUGCUCCCUGAGAUCCACCCCCAUCUGAGACCGGAGUCCGGACUGCCAGAGUGAUGGUCUGCUGUCCGUCCCUGGAAGAUGGAUGAGAAAUCCAGCAGCAGCAGCCACCACAGGCUUCUGAUCGUCCUGCUCAUGGUGCUGCUCUUUGGCGUCAUUAUGGUCCAGUAUGUGUGCCCGAGCAGGUCUGAGUGCCAGGCGCUACACCGGCUGGGAUCUUGGUUUAACAGCGGCAAAGUGACUGGGUCCCGGGGCGGGGACAGCGAACUCCAGGACGGGUUUCAGAAGGAUCCGUACAUUGCGGAAGACGGCGCUCUGGCCCGGUUUGUCCCUCGUUUUAACUUCACCAAAGAAGACUUAAAUCGCGUCGUAGACUUCAAUAUCAAAGGGGACGAUGUCAUAGUGUUUCUGCACAUUCAGAAGACAGGGGGGACGACCUUUGGGCGACAUCUGGUGAGAAAUAUCCAGCUAGAAAGACCCUGCGAGUGUCACGCAGGUCAGAAGAAGUGUACCUGUUUCCGUCCAGGUAAAAAAGAAACCUGGCUCUUCUCCCGUUUCUCCACCGGAUGGAGCUGCGGCCUCCACGCAGACUGGACUGAGCUGACUAGCUGUGUCCCAUCACGCAUGGACUCCCGAGAGGCUUCGAGGAGUCUGCCCAGGAACUAUUAUUAUAUCACCAUCUUAAGAGACCCUGUGUCACGCUACUUGAGUGAGUGGCGUCAUGUACAGCGCGGCGCCACGUGGAAGGCCUCAUUACACGUGUGUGAUGGACGUUCACCAACGCUGUCAGAGCUGCCAAGCUGCUAUUCAGGAGAUGACUGGUCAGGCUGCUCCCUGCAGGAGUUCAUGGACUGUCCCCACAACCUGGCCAACAACCGGCAGACCCGCAUGCUGGCUGACCUCAGCCUGGUUGGCUGCUACAACGUUUCCACCAUGAGCGAGGAGGAGCGCUGGGCCGUGCUUCUGGAGAGCGCCAAACGCAACCUGCGGGGUAUGGCCUUCUUUGGACUGACCGAGUACCAGCGUAAGACCCAGUACCUGUUCGAGCGCACCUUCAACUUGGAGUUCAUCGCGCCCUUCACGCAGCUCAACGGCACACGCGCCUCCAGCGUGGAGGUGCCUCCAGAGACGCAGCGCAGAAUCCGCCAGCUGAAUCGAUGGGACGUAGAGCUGUACGAGUACGCCCGUGACCUUUUCCUGCAGCGUUUCCAGGUGGCGAGGCAGCAGGAGCGCAGGCAGGCCAGGGAGAGGCGACAACAGGAGAGGAGGCGGCUCCGUGGUGGGUUCAGAACAAACCAAGGGAGGCAGCUGAAGCCCACAGAAACGCCACGUCCCACCAACAGCCGCUCUGUUGUAACCGAAGAGCGGCGGAGAGAAAAGCCUGCUGAAGACAGCGUGGCAUCUGAAGUGCCACUCCCAGACUGGUGGGAUCUGGAUGAGAAUAGCACUUUAGAGGACUACAUAGACAAUGUGGAACAGUGGUAGCGAUGGGUACGAGCAGUAGGGUGUCUAAAUGCUAAGUGUGCCAACUUCUGCCUUGUCUGUUUUCAUAUAUCCAAGUUAUUUUUAGCAUAUGCCUUCCACAGAUGUCCUUUCCUAUUGAACAGUCUUAAACGACACAUUAUUUAUAUUGAUUAUAUUUCUUUCCCACAUGGACUCAAAGAAAGGCAAGCUAUAUCCGUCUCAGUGAUGGUACUUAACCUUCAACACUACAUUUUGAACCUACCUGAACUCCUAAUAUAAUGUAGCUAAAACAACAAAUUGUUGUUUUAUCUUUGUUGCAAAGGUACACUUUAAUAUGUUUUUCUAUUUAUUAAAACAAACACUGUUUCUUGUGAUUAAUAAUCUAUAUGUUUGCCAAAUCAUUGUCUGGUCUGCGGUGUGUACAUUUCGAAAUGUACCUGUGAUCUCAAGUUUUUAGUAACAGAAAAUGAGAAUGGAGUUUUUUUUCGAUACCUCAAUGUAUAACAUUAGCUGCUAAAGUUGUACAAUUACUGAAUGUGUCUGUUUUGCUUUUUGUUUUUAAUAUAAAAAAAAUGCUGUUGCA